ACUAGCAGUAUUUAGCAUUUAGAUAUUGCGUAUGUGUGGCAGUACAAGAUCUACAAGAUACAAGUGUUUUGUUUUCCCAUCAGACGCUUUUUAAUUAUUCUAAAUUCAGAAUUCUCGACAUAAGUUGUAAUUUGGUUUUAUCUGUUGCAUUAGUCCCACCUACAAACUUACAAAUUACGAACGAUUACAUCCCGUGAAUAUCAGUAUGGCAAAGAGUGAAGGAAAAACAACAAAAGAAUUCACAUUCCCACUGCCGGUGGCAGAUCGUGACGAACAGCUGGUCAACAACGAGUACCUCUCGGACGUCCAGUUCUCGGUAGGAAACGAUGGCGAACGGAUGUACGGCCAUAAAGUGAUCCUGACGCUGGCUAGCGAAGUGUUCUACGCACAAUUUAACGGACAGUUCAAGGAAUCCCAGCGGAGAAACCAGACCAUUGUUGUGACGGACAUACAGCCGCCCAUAUUUCGGGACAUUCUGCGCUAUAUGUACUGUCAGAAGAUAGAUCUCACACAGGAUAAUGUGAUUGAAGUGUAUUACGCUUCGCAAAAGUACAUUCUAACGGAGCUCAAUAAAAUAUGCGAGCAGUAUUUCGAGAACGAGAUUAACGAAACAAACGUUCUCAAAGUGUUCAACGAAAAUCGGAAGCACGAGUUUGCUGUAGUGAACGAAAGUUGCCUCGAUGUCAUUCGCGAUAACCCAGUCGCUUGCUUCCAGCAUCCAGACUUUGUCACCAUCGAGAAAAAAACGCUUGAAAUGAUUGCAAGCAGUGCCAGAAUCAACUGCCUGCAGGAUCAAUUACAGGAGGCGAUUAAAAACUGGGCCAAAGUGAAUAAGUUACCGCCCGACGAUGCAUUCCUGUUGACCCAAAUGGUUCAGGAUAUGAAGCAAAGAAAGCACGAUUGUUUGAAGCUGCACAAUUUUAACCAGUUUAAGUUUGCAGCAAACAUUGAAACGAACAUACAAAUCAAAGCCUGCACUUUACGGCCGGUUGCUUUGAAUGGCGUGGGCAUCUUCGUGAAAUCACGCUCGGAACCUCCCGCCAACGCCAAAAUUAGCCUCAAAGUGCAGGUCGAACAUUUCAACUCGUCCGAGAGGAUAAAGCAAAUUUCGCUGGAGAAGAUUGUUCCGCUGACGACGGAACUGCGCACGGAGGAUGUGUUUUUCGAACGCUUCAUCGUCGAUGCCAGGCGGUACUGCAAGAUCAGGAUAAGCUUCGAGAAGCUUUCGGCCCUGCCGGAGCUGUUCUGCCUGACCGAGUUCGGAUCGAUCGACAACGUGCUGCAGGUGGAGGACACCAAAUCGCCGUACAUUUUCAGCCGUGAUGUAACGAAUUGCGUGGCCUAUUUGCUGUACAAAAAUAUGGAUCCGAAGUCUGCACCCGGGAAGUAGGCAGUGGCCCGUUAGCGACUGAUUGGAAACAAUAAAACGUUUUUUUUUUGACUUUUUUGUUACGUUAUAAGAAAAAAACCUAAUUCUGUCCGGAUUUUCAGUCAUGGAUUUGCUUUUAGCAGAUUUUAGUAGAUAUUGAUGGAUUAAAUGACUCGACAAGUGUAGAUUUUUCGAAAUCUAUAAUAAAACUGAUUUGAUUAUUUGUUAUUUACAUGUUAAGU